AGGAAGGAAAAAAAAUCCCCGGGUAAAUAGGUGAUGCGGGUUUGGAGGCGGGCCGCCCCCCCCCGCCUCCGGCGCGGCCACCGCGGCCCGCCUGCGCGGCGCUGCGCGGGGCGGCAGUGCGCGGCGCGGAGCAUGGCGCGGGCGGCGAGUGGCCUGCGGCGGCUGCUGCUGGGGCUGGUGCUGGGCGGCCUCCUGCUGCGCGGCGGCGGGGCGGCGGCACUGCCGUGCCAGGCGCCGCGGCAGUGGGAAGGGCGCACCGUAUACUACGAGCACGGCACGGGCCGCAACACGCGGGCGGCGGUGUCCUACGACGGCCCCAACCAGCGCCUCCGCAUCCUGGAGGAGAGGAAGGCGCUCAUCCCUUGCAAAAAAUUCUUUGAGUAUAUAUUGCUCUAUAAAGAUGCAGUGAUGUUUCAGAUUGAACAAGUUACAAAGCUUUGCUCAAAGAUUCCUCUGACUGAGCCAUGGGAUCCAUAUGAUAUCCCUGCCAAUUCAACUUAUGAAGAUCAGUACUACGUCGGGGGACCUGGAGAUGAAAUUAUGGUACAGGAAUGGUCUGACAGAAAACCAGCCAGGAAAUUGGAGUCCUGGGUCGGUGUUUACACAGUCAAAGACUGUUACCCAGUACAGGAGACCUACACAAGGAACUACAGCGUUACAACCUCCACUCGCUUUUUUGAUCUACAGCUGGGUAUUGCCGACCCUUCUGUGUUUACCCCACCCAGCACCUGCCAGACAGCCCAGCUGAGAAAGAUGAAAGAUGAAUGCUGAUUAUGGACACUGGCUGCCCCAGGCAGAUAAAUAAUACCUAGGAGGAUGAUUAUUAAUAGUCAACUGUUGACAUCUAACCUGAUUUUUCAAGCUGCUUGUUGCACUUUUGGGAAUUGUAAGUUUUCCCUUAAGGAGAACAUAAAUAUUUAACUGAGUAAGAUAUGUAACAGAAGGUCUUUUUCAUCACAUUAGUUUGUUCAAUGAUGCACUUGCAGUAUUAUAUUGUUACUGUGAAGAUAAUAUUUAUAGAUACUAUUUAUAUUAGCUAUGGGUGAUUUUCUUUUUGUAAAGAUUUUAUUAUUUAUUUUUUCGAGAAUACAAAACAUAAGCAGCCUGUUAUGGUGGUAAUAUGAUGAAGAAAAAGCUAGAAUUUGUUGUUGUCAUUACUUCUGGAGAGAUGAGAGGAAGGGAAAUAUGUCCUGGGUAAGACCUAAUCCCCAACCAGAAAAUAGCCCAUUUUAAAAAAAUUCAUCAAAAGUAUGGAAAUUCCUUCUCUAGUGGCUUUGCUUGCUUGCUUGCUUGCUUACUGCUCUUCAGAAAGCUGAUAGUCCAGUGCUUUGGUUGAUGUGUUUCUUUCUGCUAAGGAAUGGGAGUAACUCUGUUCAUAUAACACUAGCUGAUAUGCAAAAAUGCAAAAAUACUUUUUUUUUUUCCUGAGGAGAAUGGUGUGAAAGGAAGGAAAGCAGGGAGAAAGACACCCCAAAAAAGUAAGCCAAAGUUUUCUUAUAUUUAUUACACCUUUGGUGAAGUUUUCCAGCAGGGUUGAUGAGACAUUUCUCGAUUUUAUUUUACUUUAGCACUCACUUUUCAAGGCAAUACUAGGUUUAACCUAUGCAAAGACAUUAUGAGGUACUGCACUCUAAGUUGCUUUAAUAUUCUGCACCUAUUUUCAGAAGUCUUUCCUUUUUCAAAGAGUAUGAAACACCUUUAUAAUUUCAGGUAGAAGUAAAAAUCACCUGUUCUUAGUACCUUAUUAAUAAAGGCUAUAUCAGCACUCAGAUGGUGCCUUGCAAUACAGGUGGAGUGAAAGACAACUGUGUGAGGGGCAGGGAUGAGGUGGGAGGAGGAAAUAGUGAGAAAAAGAGGUGUUUUGGUUGCCUUCUGUAUGACUGCAAGGCACUGCAAUCUAAGCAGAAAGGACAAUCUUGCUUUCUUUUGCCCCCACUCCAUUGAUGCCUGCUAUAUUUGCUGUUCAGUCAGCACUUCAAACCUUAUUUUCUGCACCUCCUUUUCUGGUGGGCAGAAUGAAUGUUUCCUUAAAGGAACUAAACAAAUAACUAAAAAAAAAAAAAAAAGUGCAGGAAGUACACAUCUUUGCUUUAGAAAAUUCAAACCAAAUCUGCAUGCACCUUCAGGCCCUUGAGAGUGUGGAAUGGUAACAGGUUUUGCACUUCUAUCAAAUUAAAUUAAUUGGCUUAUUCUGUAAGUCUAUGCAUGCAUUUAAUGUAUUAUUUGCAGAUUUUUUUAGAGACUGAUUCUUAUUCUUUUACACGUGUUGAGUAGUUGCUCGAGAAGUUGUCUAGCUGAAAACAGUGCAACAUGGAGGAGUUUGGUGUGUUUUUGGGCACAGAUGUCAAGUUCUGUUGCUUCCCCAGUGGAUGCUGAGCUCCUCCUCACAGAUAGAUUUCUUUUCUAGGACGUCUAGUGAGGAAAAAUGGUCCAAUUUGACAGUGAUAGGAAGUCUUACAUAAACAGGAUACAUAAUUUACUGGCCAAUAGUACCAUAUCUAACAAAAACCAAAGGCCUGAACCAUCUGUGGAAGACAGUGGAGCUGGGUAGGCUUUUAAUGGUCUGCAUUGUCUUAGCUUUUUGUACUUAAGCAAGUGGUAUAAUGGGUAUUUUCCUUUCAUGGUUGUAGUCAGAAUGGCAUUUUAGUUAGCCUCGUGCUUAAUGAAAACAUAUACAUAUACCUGCUGAAAUUUAAGUAAUUCAUUAAAAAUAUUAUAUCAGACAUGACCAUUUCACUGAAAUGUGCUAGUGGAAAAAUAGAUUGGGUUUCCUCAAAUUUAGAAUGCAUUUAGUCUGUACUUGCCUUCUGUAUUUUUGUGACAGCCUAAAAGCUAACUGCAUAUUGUUCUCAUUACGGCAAUGAUUAACAUGCAUUUCUUAAUAUCUGUUUCUUCUUGUAAUCUGGAAAAUAUAAUAAUCUGGCUAGCAAACAUGGAGCUAUGGUACCAUAUCGUUUGGGAUGACUUUGUUGUGGUAGAGCAGAUAGCUGUAUAAUCAGAGUGCAUGUAUUAAGUUUUGCUGACAAUGAUAUCAUUUCUAGCAAUAAAAUUAAAUGUUCCUUUUAAUAUGAACUUGCAAGACUCUGUAACACAGAAGUGCUUUAAAAAUGUUGCAGUGACAUCCGGGGCAAUUUUAUAUGGCUAAAUAUGUACCUUUAAAACAAUGCUAUUGUCUUUGUAUUUAUGCUGUGCAAAUUCAAUAAAGAGAGUUGUCCAAGAAAGGGCAAACAACAAA